CGAAAAAGAAGCUGAGCGGAAGACGUUAGCAAGUUAGCUUUCCUGCUUGUCUAGACGCGUCAUGGCGGAGUUGAACCGGCAGCUGCAGGAGUAUUUGGCCCAGUCUAAGGGCGGCGGUACCGCCAAGACAAUCUCCCAAUCUCGCUCCAGUACCACGGUGGACCUAGACGACCCGGAGCCGGUCCCUGGGAGUUGGUUCGGCCGGUGGUCAAGUACUUGGUCGGGAAGCCGCGGUAGUACCGCUGCGGCGCAGAGCGGCAGUUGGCCGUGGUCUGCCGAGCCGGACCCCUGCCUUCCCGGCAUGAGCCGAAGCCAGCGGCUGGUGAUCUUCGGGAUGUGCGCGGCAUUGUCGGCGCUGUGUUUCUGUCUGUCGGUCUUCUACGCGCCUUUGCUGCUGCUCUACGCGCGCAAAUUCGCGCUGCUCUGGUCGCUCGGUUCGCUUUUCGCCAUCUUGGCCGCCGCGAUGCUCCGCGGACCCAGCAAGCUGGCCGCCAGUGUGCCUACUUCACCCGGGGCUGCAGUCUACUUGUGCGCCCUUGGAGAGACUUUGUACGCCGCGCUGAGCCUCCACAGCACUGCUCUGACAGCGCUCGGAGCCGCCGUGCAGGUCACCGCCAUCGUCUGCUACCUGGUGACGCUGCUGCCCGGAGGUAGCGCCGGCAUUCGCUUCGUGGGAGGGAUGGCAGCGUCCGCCAUCAAAAGGACCGUGAGCGGCAAAACGAUACCGAUAUGACGUCACAGCGGCUCAGAGUUGAUUUGUGCACAACCAGCAGUGGAUAUUGGACUUUUUCGAUAGUUGACAUUUGUGCUUCCAGAAGUGUGAAUGUUUAUUACGUCAUGAAAACAUUUAUUACAAAAAGCAACAAGGAAAGAGGAGACUGACUGAUAGCUCAAGAUAGGUUUGACCAGUCACAUGAUCAGUGUCACAUGACCUGCCUUCAGUCAGCUGAUUUCACAGCAGCACAUUGACAGUCACAUAAGAGUCCUUUGUUGGACCAUGAAGGAGGGGGGAGUCCAUGACUACCGACCUCGGCUACCGCCCCUCAUCACACCUCUGGGUGGGGGGCCUCCUCUCCUGAGUGCUGGAGCCCAGCCGCCCCGUCCACCCCUCCCUGGUGGACCGUAACUGUUAUCAUCCCUCUGAAGAGGUCGCCCUAGCGGGGGAACAAGGCAUAGCCUACGUCAACACAGUCUUUAUAAGAUUGCUAUCUAUGGUUAUCAUUAUUGAUCGUUAUUAUCAACAUUAUUAAUGAGUGAUUUAUGAUGGAAUUAAAUGACAUGAUUCUCAGCUGUGUAUGUAUUUCUCAGUCAAGAGCACCAUUCUAAAUGUAUUGUGUAAACGUAAACAAAAGUUACCUGUGUCGGAAGCCGGCGAAUCUCUCUCUCGAGGGUCUGCAGUCCCCGGGCCGUCCUGCCACGGCCUUUUUCGUGGAGGCAGAGACGCCAUGUCCAUCCCCUGAAGGGAUAAAGAGCGUUCACGGCCUGCAGGGGAUGUCCCGUCAUGCAUCUGGGGUCCAUCACGGUAGCCGUCAUGAC